GUGUGUUCACUUUCUCCCCAAAUUUAUAUAAUCCAACAACAACAACAAAAAAAAACGCAAAUUUGGCUAAAUGCCCAAAAUAAGCACGCACUUGAAUUACGUAGCAGAGGAACGUUCUGUUUCGCACUUGUUCCGGUUCCAUUUCGAAGCUGUAAAAGUGUCAUUACCGCUAUUAGUUCGCGAGCAGAUGCUCCGUUCAAUCAGAAGAACGGCUCCCUGGAGAAUGUCUGGCCUGUACCACACUAUCAGUCAGAUCACCGAUGAGCUCAGCACAGAUGAAUGCAAGCGGAUCUCUUACCUGUGCGGCGCUCUUGAUAUGGACAAGUUCUCUACAGAUCCCAGAGGCAUGUUACAAUCUGUACUGUGCCAAACGAGGAUGGAUUACGUGUUUCUCAUGGAGCUCAUUCUGAAAAUAAAACGCUAUGAUCUGCUGCGACAAGUGCUGAGCACCAACAAGAGCACGGUUGAGGGACUGCUAAAAAAUGGCCAUUCUGUGUCAGAAUACAGAGUACUGAUGGCUGACGUUAGUGAGGACAUGGGCACAGAAGACCUGAAGUCAUUGAAAUUCUUACUGAGAGGAACUUUACCAAAACAUAAACUGGAAAAUGCCCAGAGUUUUUUAGACAUUGCCGUAGAGUUGGAGAAACUCGACCAGCUCUCCAGUGAGAAGAUGGAUUUGAUCGAACAGUGCCUGAGGUCCAUCCAUAGGGCUGAUCUAGCGAAAAAGAUCAGUCACUACCAGCAGACAGCGCUAAUGACCAAACAAGGAUCUUCGCCUCCAGACAGACGUCAGUUCUGCAGAAUGCCAUUGCCAAAUAGCUCAUUUGGUGUCUCAACAGCUUCUUGUAAUGUGAGGCCGAUUUCCAAAUUCUGUGGUGAGUUCAUUCAAAAACGGACAGUACGAGGAAAUACUCUACCAGGCAAAAGUUUGGGCAAACCUCUCAUUGUCUCUCUCUAUAUUUAUAUUCAUUGUCUCCCCUCACAAUUGCCAGUAUUACUAAAGUCAUCAAAACUAGAAAUGGCACAAAUGUAGGUAUGGGAAUUAUGAAGUGACCAGAAAUCUUAAAAGUCAGCACACUUUGUCACAGAUUCACACAGUUUAUCGUCAC